AUGCCUUUUUUUAUAAAUUCACAAGAAACUAGAAGCCUUGACCGAUCUGAUGGAUAUCGAUAUCUGGGAGUCCUGGAGGAUAAAGGAAGCAAUGUAUUGAAGCGUGAAGUUAUGAAAAAAAUUGCAGAAAAUGUAAAGAAGAGAAUUGAAAGCUUAGUGAACACGAAGCUAAAUGCAGUGAAUUUAUUCAAGGCGAUUAAUGAAUAUUCUCUAUCACUUUACAAUUACUAUAUUGGACUAAUUGACAUUGAGCCACACGAGUUUCAAGCCAUUGAUACCGAAGUUCGAAGGAUUCUAUCUAAUUUACAUGUUCAUCUGAAACCUGCAAAUAAGGAAAGAUUAUAUAUAAGCAGAUCUAAUUUUGGAAGAGGACUUAAUUCAAUUGUCCAUAAAAGUGAAUGCAUGUUAUACCAAUUUUUGACUGAUCUUGAAAGAAAGUCUACAAUGUGUCUCAGAAAGUCUGGAAUCUUGCGGGUCUUGAAAAUAAAGAAAACACAUAUGGCCACUAUCGCAAGAUUUCUUACCUUCAAAUACAAUAUUGAAGAUCCUUCAGAAUUGAAUAUAAACAUAAUCAAGGAGAAUCAACAAAAGAAUCUAAUGAAGAUUAUUAAAUCGAAGAUGUUGCAUUCCGUACUUUUCAAAUGUUGUGAGGAUCAGAAUGUUGACAUCAAUAUGUCUACGGAAUGGCUAGUGAAUGGAAACAACAGUCCGAGAUCAGAACCAAUGUAUUGUAUUAUUCAGGAUCGAAAUAUAUUUUUCAACGAUAAUGGAGGAAUGUGCAAUCAUUGUAAUCAAGCUAAAAAAUCUGUUGAUCACAUGACUACAAGAUGUAGCAGAAUGGUGAACAGUGAUUAUACCAGAAGACAUAAUGAAAUUAUAAGAUGA